AAAGGUAAAAUGAAAUUUGUUUUGAAUACUCACGACUACCAACAUAUACCGGACAAGUAAAAUCUAAUUUGAUUUGUUUAUCCUCUUUAGAGAUACAUUUUUCCGUUAACUUUACAAAGCGAUCGAUUAAUAUUUCUAAAACCUGUUAUUUGUGAUUAUUCAAUACUGAAUAGAAUUUUGGUUCUAUAUCUUAUCAUAAAUACUUCCCAAUGAAGAAAUUGUACAAAUAUUAUUGUUGAUAUAAAUUUUACUAUGUUCCAUCGGUACUUAGUGUGAAAAUUCGGAGACGUGUAUAGUCUGCAUACAGCGAAAGGAAUAGUCCUAAGAAAGAGAAUGUCAAAAAACAGAAUUGGACAGAAUUCAAUGGAAACAAUCUGGCAGAAAUCUCGAUGGAGAGAAGCGGUGGAUAACCUAAAGAAUAAUAGCUACACCAAUUUCAGCCUUAAAAACGGUUAUCCGUCACAACCACCAUCAUAUCGUGAAUACGAUUCACCAACAUUGCCACAACAAAGGGAAGACAGACAACCGUUGACUGCUAACAAAAGAAUGAAAGAUGUUAGUUGCUGUUUAAAAGCUACAAACUAUAUCAUAGGAAUAUUCCUAUUGAUAUCGUUUAUUCUUUCUACAGUUGGCGCAACGACGUCAUAUUGGCUCGACACUGGAACCUUAAAUGUUGGAUUAUUCAAGGUCUGUACAAAAUCUUCAACCUGCGACCUUGUUUCAUCCUUUACGGAAUCUGCACCCGCAACAACGAUGAAUACAUGGAUAAUAGUAACUGGUCUGGAUAUAUCAGGAUGUUGUAUUUUGCUGCUGUGUCUUAUAUUCUACUGUAUAUUUAUUCAUUGCACUGUUUUGGAUUAUCGGAAAGUCAGUUGUGGUGUAUUAUUGUGUAUACUUGUAAUGCUGAGUGCUGGAGCAAUUCUAAGUGGAAUGGCAGUUAUGGUGUGGUACUAUUUUGAUAUUGACAAACUAUACUCAUUGGACUGGUCUUUCUAUGUAGCGAUGUCUGGUGGUGGCCUUGCUUUCAUAACUUUCUGUAUUAUGAUUGUUUAUAUAUUUGCACUGGCGUUUGAGUGAUAUUACAUAAAAAGAUUAUACUAUGUUAUAAUUCCAAUGCAUUCAUCAAAUUAUAUGAUUGAUGAUACUUAAAACGAAAAUGAUGUACAUUUUCCAUCUUUGAAACUUUGAAUUUCGGACUUGGUUAAUGAACAACAUUACACAACUCUUUUUAUGUGAUGAAUAUAAUUGUUCUUGAUUAUUUUCCUGAACCCUAAAGUUGUGAACAUUUUCGAAUUUGGUAAAACUAUUAACCUACAAGUCAAAGUGCAUAUUUUCCACCCUUUUCGUAUACAAUAAAAGAACACUUUGCAUGCUUUUAUUAAUCAGUUCAAUUUUUAGAGCCUUUUACAGCAAAACGCAUCGUUAAUAAUUAUUAAAGUAUGGCAUCAACAUUAACAAAAAAAUGAAUGUAAGGGUCGAAGUAAACUUGUAGGAGAUAUACGAGUCAUAUUACAGAGUGUUAGCAAUGCAUGGCUUGUAAAUCAUUGUUUAUGUCGUGUUUAUUUCAACACAGAAUUGAACGAUCGGUGACCUCUCCUCGCCUGAUAUUAUUUGCUUGCAAGUCUUCUUCUUCUUCUUCUUAAGUUAUACAAUAUACCAUUGACAUCCAAUAAAUACUGUAACAUACUGUUGCAUACGUGAACAAUUUAUUUAAAUUUUUACCCAAAAUUAAACAGAAAAUAAUUAUUUAGUGCAAUGAAAAUGAAAUAAUAAAUUUGUGAUCAUAACUA